GAAGCACGCUUUCCUGAAUGGGACCAACUGCCUAAUCUCCAGUGUAUUAUCUGUGGACGUCCUGCUGGGGCCGCGAUGGCUUCUGCGACUGUUCCAGAGGAAGAGGAUGGCAUGGACGAGUUCAUCGAACAGUUCAAGGGGAAGAAGUACAAAGAUGGUUUCAAUGAGGAUAAUUGGGAAGAGGAGUUUGACAAAAUUCCAAUGUUUAUGAAAAAGGCACCAGAAGAACUUGAUCCUAUGGAGCAUCCAGAACUUGCCUGCAUCCAAACUAUAUUGUACGAUGAGGAUCAAUCUCCAGAAGAACUUGCAAAAACAUACAAGAAUGAAGGAAACCAGUACUUCAAGGAAAAGAAUUAUAAAAAAGCAGUCGUCUCUUACACAGAGGGUCUGAAGAGGAAAUGCUCUGACACAGAGCUAAAUGUUAUACUUUAUACAAACAGAGCCGCAGCACAAUUUUACUUGGGUAAUAAUCGAUCAGCAUUAAAUGACGUGAUUGCAGCUCGGAAACUGAAACCAAAUCAUUUGAAAGCAAUAAUCAGAGGAGUUCUUUGCUACACUGAACUUAAAAAUUACAGUAGUGUAAUAGCUUGGUGUGAUGAAGGCCUCCAGCUUGAGCCAAAAGAAAAACAACUUAUUGAACUGAGGGCCAAAGCUGAUAAACAGAAGCGUGUUGAAGAGCGUAAUCUAAGGAAGGCAAAGUUGAAGGAGAAAAAGGAACGAGUGCAAGCAGAGGCUUUACUGAAAGCCAUCCAGGAAAGAAAUAUCAAAUUAUUUCAGCCUUCAGAGCUGUUAAGUCAAAACUCUGACGAUGAAGGUGAUGAAAAGGAGGGUGACAGCAUAUUAAGGACACUGCACAAUGGAGUAAGUGCUGAGUGCGGCCAGGUAGUGCACCUGGAUGAAAAUGGCAGCUUACAUUGGCCUGUACUGUUCCUAUAUCCAGAGUAUGAACAAAUGGAUUUCAUCUCAGCUUUUCACGAAGAUGCCCGGUUUAUUGAUCAUUUAUCGGUAAUGUUUGGUGAGAACUUGCCGCCUUGGGAUACUGAAAAAAAAUAUGAGCCAAAUAAUUUGGAGCUGUAUUUUGAAGAUGAGCAGUCUGGAGAUCUUUUCUUGGUGGACCCAGUGUGCACCCUGCGCCAGGUGUUAAGUCAUCCCAGAUAUGUUGUGAAGGCUGGCAAUCCACAAAUUAUCAUUCUGGCUCGAGGUUCAUCGUUCUGUGAAGACUUUCUAUCAGGGAAAAAUCUUCAAAAUUAAAUUGUGUAAAUUUGUAUUUAAAUCAAGUCUGCAACGGGAACUGACUACUUGCAGAAAAUAAAGAAAUGGUCCUAAAACAGUCCUUCAUGCUGAAGCAGUGAUUCACUGUUUACACUGUGUCCUCUUGUACAGUGGAGAGAUUAAAUGCAGACUGGGUGUUUACUGUGUGGAGCACCUGCAAGGACACCCAAAAACUGGUUUAAUUUAUCUCCCAUUCCCACACUGAACUGUCUGGUCUGCAUUUAUAGGAUGCUGCUAUACACCUCUGGAACAGUACCUCUCUAUCCGGGUACAUUAUUGCCAAAAGGACUCAAAAUCAAAUUCUACAACUUUUAGGUAAUUUGCUCUGUCUGUUCCAAAACUGGCUACUUCUGUAUGUCAUCUUUGGCGACAGGGGUCAAUUUUAUUUUACUCUCCAUUAGCACUUAGAGCUCUGCAUUUCAGAUUCAGUUGUGUGUAUUCUCACUAACUGUCCCAUUAACUAGUGUCUCCUCCCUGUGCCAAUUGUAGCCUUAGCCUAUGAGAGAUAUUCCCUCUGCCCUAUUCAUUCCCCUCUUCCCUCUGUUUAUUGUCUCAUUGUUUAUCUUUCCACAGAUACUACCUGACCUACUGAGUGUUUGCUGCAAUUUUCAGUAUCUGCAGUUUUCUUUUCAUUAAGUGCUCAUUACUGCACACAGGUAUCUAUGGAAUUUGACUCGGGAGACAACUAUUCACCAAGGAUGUAGUCCUGCAAGUAUCCUUGCACAUAUUAAUUAAAUAUGGGUGUUUUUUUUUCCUACCAUCUUUUGCAGUGUUUCAAAUACUCGCUCCUCUAAUUGUGGGGAAAAUAAAUCCUCAUUUCCUCCCCCAUCCCAUAUAACUGUUUCCUAUUCUUUUGAACCCUCUGUCAAGGGAAAUGUAUCCUUCGUAUUUUCUCAAUCUGGGCCCUUUAUACAGUUCCCGGAAUAAAUUGAAAAUAAUUACCAUUGUUCUAUUACAAAAGUGAUUUACCGCAGGUGCUGGAAAUAGGCUUCAGGUGAGAUAUUAC